ACAGCAACAACAACAGCGGCGACAAAGUCGACAGCGACGUCUACAGCGAUAUCCAAUAGCGCCCCAAAAUAAGAAGUCGAAAUUCAUUCCUUUCGUUCAAAUUCGUUUGCUACGCUCACGCGAGCGGACGUGCAGCGCGGAAAAUCAGAGACAAAAAGCAGAAACGCAAAAAACAUAAUAAAGACAACCCAGUAAAAUACAAAAACAAAUACGGCAAAAAUUUCGUUAACUCGCUGCUGCUGUUGUUGUUAUAAUUAUUGUUAAUGUAAUUGUUGCUUGCCCGUGUUUCGUUUACAUAAAAACAAAAGAUUUACCAAUAAAAAUCACGAAAAUAAUUCAAUGUGCCCAGAUAAAUAAAAUAUAAAAAUAAAUCAAAAAUAAAAAGUGUAAAAUUAGAGUGAUUUGCUCAAAAUGGUUAAGAACAACAACAAUCUAGAGGCGGACCUCAAACCGCUCAGCAACGGACAUGCUCUGCAAAAUGGCAAUGGUAGCACAGUGGGCGUGACCACGCCCACACCAGCUGCCCUCAGUUUGAGGCAAACGCUUUGGAAUAGCUGGGAUGCCUUUGCGGAUGUUGUCUGGUUCAUAAUUUGCAGCAUUGGCUACAUAUUCCAGGACCUUUAUUACAUAGCCUUUGGCUAUCCCGAAAAGGAACUCAAUACGGACAUUGCAUUAAUCACAGGUGGCGGCAAUGGACUCGGUCGCCUGCUGGCCGAAAGACUUGGCAAAAUGGGCACCAAAGUCAUCAUCUGGGAUAUCAACAAAAAAGGCAUUGCGGAGACCGUUGAGAUCGUGGAAGAGGCGGGCGGUUAUUGCAAGGGUUAUGUGGUGGAUAUAUCAAAGAAGGAAGAGGUCUACAAAGCGGCCGAUGUCAUCAGAGAAGAAGUCGGUGAUGUUACGUUGCUGAUUAACAACGCUGGCGUUGUGUCUGGCCUGCAUUUGUUGGAUACGCCGGACCAUCUGAUUGAGCGUUCGUUCAAUGUGAAUGUUAUGUCACACUUUUGGACCACAAAAGCAUUUCUGCCCAAAAUGAUCGAGAAUGAACGAGGACACAUCGCGACAAUCGCCUCACUUGCUGGCCAUGUUGGCAUUAGCAAAUUGGUCGAUUACUGUGCGAGUAAAUUUGCAGCGGUUGGCUUUGAUGAGGCGCUGCGUCUGGAGCUGGAAGUCCUUGGACAUACGAAUAUCCAAACCACCUGCAUUUGCCCGUUCUUCAUUCAGGCAACUGGCAUGUUUGACGAUGUGAAUGCCAGAUGGGUGCCCACAUUGAAUUCCAACGAUGUGGCCGACCGUGUCAUUUCGGCGAUUAAGAAGAACGAGAAACUUGCGGUUAUUCCUGGUUUCCUGAAGUUCAUGCUGUCCUUCAAGUGGACCUUCCCUUGGGGUUGUGUGGGUGGUUUGUUGCGUCGCCUGGUGCCCGAUGCCUCUCCCCAUGGCCUGCCCAGCUCCAGCUCUCAUUCCAGCUCCAGUUCCAGUUCAAGCUGCAAUGGCAAGGCGAAUGGCAGCAUCAUUUCCUCCACCACCGCCGCGGACAUGGCCGCUCUCGAUGCUGAACUGAGCAGCGCCAGCGUCACGUUGCCGGCCAAAUCACCCUCGAUGCUCAUCCAGCGGACACCGUCAUUGGGGGAGAGGGUGCUCUGAGGAGAGCAGUGUUUGACUGCCUUUCUACAUUAAUGUUGUUUUUGCAUUUUACGAGCUAUGUGUGUGUAAUUGAAUUUGUGUUUUUGGCAUUUUUCGUGUGUUUUUUUAUAUAACCCUCCUCCACUUGCCCCACACUCUGUGUAAAGCUAACUGGCUUUGAGGAUGCUUUCGUGGUCACAAGCACAUUUACUAAUUCUAAGCUACGAGUCUAGUGAUAUUACAUUUAGUUAUGCAAGACCGCCGCUUCCAUAAAGCGAUUGCAAUUAGUUCUUUAAAUGCCUAUUCGCUAUUUUUGUACAAAAAAAUAAUUUACUGAGACAGCGAGAGAAUCAGUCAGUUUUAAUAAUAAAUAAAUAGCAUUUUCUUUCGGUUGUAGUCUUUAAUUAAAUCUAUUUUUAAGUUAAGUUCUUUAUUUUGGUCAACAUUUUUAAGCUUAGGCCGCGUGAUUUCUAUAAUCGACUUUUGCCGUAGGUAAAACUAACAAAAUACAAUUAAUUAAAAAAUUAUAAAAAAAUUCUUACUUAAGAAAUCGAAAUACUUUGAUACUUGAUAUAAAUUAAUUGUCCAAAAUAAUAAAAUCAAUUGGAGGUUUUUAUAUUUUUGAGCCUAAUAACAUUUUCUGUGCAACGAACGAUUAGUUAAUAAGACUAUAUAAAUAAUUUAUCGAUAGAAAUGUAUGCUAAAAAAA